AUGGUAGAACCCAUUGGUGGGUUGGAUGCAUUAUGGAACUGGAGUCGGAACUCAGCGGAAUCUGUGGAUGUUAAACAGCUUGCAAAUUACAGGGACAACUCUGCUGAAGGCAAGCCGGAGACAGAUGAAUUUGCCACGAUAUGGAAGAGAGGGAUUAUUUGGAAGAAGAUAAGUGAGGACGGAAUUAUUAUCUCAGCGGAAAAGCCAAGUCCCUAUGUUUUUCCUGAAUUGGUGGAACAUCGACAUAUUUGCUAUUUUUCACACAAUUUUGUGACUAUUCCACCAAUAGGCUAUAUCAACGUUGCUCACGCUCAUGGCUGCUUGGUAUUGGGUACUUUCAUAACGGAAUGGAAAGGAGGUGCUAAGAUAUGUGACCAAUUCCUUGAAUCAGUAGAGACUGUGGCGAAGACGGUGGAUUGUCUGGUUUCUGUUGCCGAGCACUACAAAUUCGAUGGAUGGCUGAUCAACAUCGAAAACAGAAUCCUGGUUAAACAUAUCGAUAAUCUAAAACUUUUUCUGCGAUUGCUGACUGACAAAAUGCGUGAAGCAACUCGGUUCUCACGAGUUAUAUGGUAUGAUUCCGUUACUGUGACAGGUAUGCUGAAAUGGCAGAAUAUGUUGAAUGAACUCAAUAGGGAUUGGUAUGAGUGUUGUGAUGGUAUUUACUUAAAUUAUAACUGGAACGACGGGAUGCUGUUGAGAAGCGCCGACUUUGGUGCCAUUCAUAAAAUUUAUGUUGGAAUCGACUGCUUUGCGAGAGGUUGUGUUGGAGGUUGGGAUUGCCACCGGUCGUUUGCUAAAACUAAUCUAAUGCGCAUGUCAGUGGCGUUAUUUGCUCCGGGAUGGAUUUGCGAGCGAUUUCCUGACGCAAAUCCCAUAGAGCACGGCUUGAGGUUAUUCAACUUCGAUCUCAAAUGUCAAGGAUGCCGGAUAACAGCUAGAGCACGACGUGAUAUCAAGAUCGUUGUCAAUGAUGUAAUCCAAGAAGGGCACAGGAAAGGAGAUGAUAUUGUGGUGACGAUUCGUGAGCCCAUACAUCUUCAUACAUUGGAUAUAUGUACAGACGAUAUGAUGGAUUGUUUGUUGUAUAGCAUCAACAUCACAGAAAUGUAA